AUGCAGAUCACAUAUCUUGCGGCGGCGGCCAUUGCGGCCACGGGCGCUCUGGCAAAGCCUCGCUUCGUCAUGUAUUUCGACCAAUGGCACAAGGACAGCUUGCCUGACCACUCGGUGACGGCGGGCGUCACGCACGUCACGACGGCGUUUGCCGACUCCGUCAUCUUCAACUCGGGCACUUGGUACAGCCCCUUCAUGGCGCCGGACCAGGUCCGCAGCCUCUUCGACACCGGCACCAAGCUCUGUCUGGCCGUCGGCGGCUGGGGGCAGUCGGCCGGGUUCGAUGCUGCUGCAAAGACCGACGAGACGCGGCAGCUAUAUGCCAAGAACGUGGCUGAUACCAUCAAGAACCUGGGCUACGAUUGUGUUGAUAUUGACUGGGAGUAUCCCGGCGGCAAUGGCGAGGACUACAAGGUGGUCCCCAACUCGGAAAAGGCCUGGGAGAUUGAAGCCUACCCGCUGUUUCUCGAGGCGGUCAGGAAGGCUCUUCCCGAGAACAUUGAGCUGUCGAUUGCUGUGCCUGCCAGGGUUGAGGACAUGAUGGCCUUUACGGCCGAGAACGUGGCCAAGAUUAAUGGCAUCGUCAACUAUGUCAAUAUCAUGACCUACGACCUCAUGAACCGCCGCAUGAACGAAACCACGCAUCACACGAGCGUCAACGGCUCUCUCAACUCCGUCAACACGUACCUUGAGCGCGGCCUGUCGCCCGACAAGAUCAACCUCGGCUUUGCCUUUUACGCCAAGUGGUUCAGCACCGAGGCUGGCUACCAGUGCACGACUCCCACCGGCUGCCCAACCGCCCUGCUCGAGAACCCCGACGGCAGCGACCCGCUCGUGUCUGGGGCCAUCACUUUUGAGGCGUCAACCUACGCCGGCAAGCUCGAGCACGCCGUGGCCAAUGGCAUCGCGGACGAGGAAGAGGGAGGGCAGUGGUGGUGGGAUGCCGCCGAGGAGGUGUACUGGACCUGGGACACGGCCGACUUGGUUGCCCGCAAGUUCUCGGAGAUUGUGGUGCCCAAGAAGCUGGGCGGCGUCUUUGCGUGGUCUCUGGCGCAGGACAGCUACGACUGGAGCCGGUUCAAGGCUCUGCAGGCGGGAGUCAGGGGGAUGGAGCAGAAGCAGGACGACUGA